CCCUUCCACGUCGACCUGCACUCUCGCCAUAUUUCCAACCCCGAGAAUCCCGGUGUCCUGUACCUCUAAGUUUAGCAGGCGAAGUCUUCACACCAGGCAGCAUCAAGCGGGACCCGUUUCAAAGUCUGCGUUAGCGUCUGAUCUCCGUCUGUGCUGUUUUUCUUCUCGCAGCUAUGAACAUCUUCAGGCUCACAGGAGACCUUUCUCAUCUGGCUGCUAUCAUCAUCCUGCUACUCAAAAUAUGGAAAAGCAGGUCGUGUGCAGGCAUUUCUGGAAAGAGCCAAAUUCUGUUUGCUCUAGUGUUUACCACACGCUACUUGGAUCUGUUGACCUCAUUCAUCUCCCUGUAUAACACAUGCAUGAAGGUGAUCUACAUCGGUUGCUCGUAUGCCACAGUAUACCUGAUCUACAUGAAGUUCAGGGCCACCUACGACGGAAACCACGACAGCUUCAGAGUGGAGUUCCUGGUGGUUCCUGUCGGGGGUCUUUCUGUUCUCAUUAACCACGACUUCUCUCCCUUGGAGAUUCUUUGGACGUUCUCCAUCUACCUGGAGUCAGUGGCAAUUCUGCCUCAGCUCUUCAUGAUCAGCAAGACAGGGGAGGCUGAGACGAUCACCACCCACUACCUGUUCUGCCUGGGUCUGUAUCGGGCCCUUUAUCUCUUCAACUGGAUCUGGCGUUUCUACUUUGAGGGCUUCUUUGACAUGAUUGCCAUAGUGGCUGGUGUGGUCCAGACUGUCCUCUACUGCGACUUCUUCUAUCUUUAUGUCACCAAAGUGUUGAAAGGCAAGAAGCUGAGCCUGCCGGCGUAAAAACGUGUGGAAGGAGACGGUGACUCCGAGCAGACUCAGGGGGUGUGGAGAUGAAGUCAUUGAUCCUCAUGACCUGUAGUAAAGGAUGCCUGAGACAGAGAGCCAACUAUUUGGGGGGGGAAACACUAGUCAUCUUGCUGAUGGAACUGGUAAAUGCCAACAAACACCAGAGCUGAACAAAGAUCAGCCCAGAUCAAGUUUUGGAUUUCCGUGUUCAGCAUCUUGCCUUAAGCUUCUUUUCAUUGCUGUUCAAAUAGGAGAAAAUGUUUUGUUUUUGUUUUUUUUUUCUACAUGUGAGGUGUACACGCUUUUUUUUUUUUUUUAUGUUUUUAUAAUUUUUUUUUUUAAAGUUUGAUCAGUACCUUGUUUGACUUGAUAAUGAAAUGCACAAAAUGUACAGUCUUAUUAAAGUGUGAGAUAAAGAGUAAUGUAUCAGAGUGCCUGAUAAAGAUAAUGUCCAGUUUCUCACAGUAUUUUUUUUUUUAAUUCUUUUUACUUUUGCAUUUUUUUCCAGAGUAAUUGUACGCAUAUCAUCUAAUACAUGUACCCACUUUUUUGUAAUGUUUAGAGGUCACACCAGCAUGUUCAUCAUUUUGUAAAAUGCAGCUUUCUAAAAACAUUUUAAUAUGUUUGUGUCUUCUAAAAUUGAAAAUUUUAUGUAAUAGCAGCUCCUCAGAGAAUUAGUAGUUUGAUCUUAAACUCAAAAAGUAACACAGUGGAAUGAAUCACUUUAAUGCCAGCAGUCAUAUUAUGGUAGAUAUCAGUAUUUUCAAAUGGUGGCCAUAUCAAAUGAGGAUGUUUGGUAAGUUGUUCUUCUGCUUACUGUAUUUUAAGCAAACUAAAAUGCAUCAGUUCUUCUGUGGCUUCAUUUUAAACUUCAUACAGUCUUAAAUGAAUGCUGCAUCACCUUUUGGAUGUUGACCGAGCACAAACCCUUACUGCGCCCUGGUAACCAACUCAUGAACACCUUCCGGCGGCGAUGUGCCAGUUGCGGAAAUCCUGAAUUGAUUGAAAUGACAACAAAACAAGCGCCACACUCGGGGUCUGAAUGUUGCGAUGUCACCCGUAUGGUUCAAUCACUAAGAGGGUGCGAUGGUGGUCAAUGGGUGCAUUUCUAAAUUUCAAAGGCCUCUUGUUAACAUUUGAACAGCAUUCUUAAAUUGUUCAUUCAUUUUAUUCCUUUUUUAAUUUUUAAUUUUUUGCAUGUUAUCACCUCCAUUAAAGAUUUUAUGAGAAUCA